AUGGCAUCAAACAACACAACGCCGCCGGCGCUCUAUAUUCCCAACACGCCCGACACAAAACAAGGUUGGAACUUUCUCUACGCCAACAUUCCUCUCCUGAUCUUCAGCGCCAUCGUCGUCGCUUUUCGAGUCUGGUGGCGCUGUAUCAAGCACAAUGCCGGAACGCUCAAUCGCGCAGACAUUUGCGUCGUCGUCGGCCUCGUCUUUAACAUUAUUCAAGUAGCAUGCGUUUCAACCGCAAUUGUUCAAUGGGGCUUCGGUCAUCACGCGCCUUACCUGACACCCGAGCAGCGCUACAAUUCGCUGCUCUACUUCUUCAUCUUCCAGUGCUUCGUAAAAAAUACCGUCGGAAUCUCGAAACUGUCAUUCCUCUUUCUGUAUCUCGACAUCUUUCCGCAGCAAAAGUUCCGAGUCAUUUGCUGGGGCUUGAUUAUACACAUCAGUCUUGGAUUAGUGGCGCUCAACAUCACGACUAUUCUACAAUGCCACCCCGUUUCCUUUUCCUGGGACAAAACUCUGCACGGGCAAUGUAUCAAUAUCAAAGCAUUUUGGUAUGCUCAAUCGGGCUGGAACACGUUCAUGGACGUCAUUGUCUUGAUUCUCCCUGUUCCGCUCGUCCUUAAGCUACAGAUGAACCGCCGCGCCAAGUUGGGCCUCUUGGUGGUCUUUGUUCUCGGAGCAUUCGUUUGCAUCACGAGUAUCGAACGCAUGAUUAGUCUCAACUUCAACGCCACAUUUGCCAAGGACUUUACCUGGGCCACUGGCACUUCCGUCAUCUGGACCCAAGUCGAAUCGACUGUCGGUGUUAUCUGCGCUUGUGCGCCAUCUCUGCGCCAGCCGCUCGCCAACCUGAUUCCCAAACUGUUUGGCUCCGCCAGCGACGACUCGUAUCAGCUGAGCGACACGCCGCACCACCUUGGUCCUCGUUCGGGUACAUUUGGCAACUCCAAAGGCUCCAAGAAACGCGGCGGAGAUCUCGACACCCAGCUAACCACGCUGGUUGAUCCUCUCGAGACAAACUACAGGAGCGAGGGUAGCACGGAGGAGUUCGUGGGCAUCAAGAGAACCAUGAGCGUCGACGUCUCCUACGUAGCGCGCGAAGGGGAGUCGAAUCCGGACGGCACAACGACAUAUCCAAAGCACCAGUUCGAGCGCCACAUGGUUUGA